AUGGCGUCCUCCUGCGGCCCCCUCAGCGGCGGCGGCGGCGGCCCCCUGGCUGUCCUGCUUCUGCUCCUGCUCCUGCUCCUUCAGCCCGGGCUCGGCGAGGCCCCAGGGAGCGCAAAAGGGGCGCGGGGCGGGGUGGCGCCGCAUUCUCGCGCCCCUCUCCCUUCGGGCGGCGGCCACGAGCAUCCCGGAGAUCCUGGAGCUAGCCCGCAGAAUCCUCCACCUGUCGGGGUUCUGCCGUCCUUCGGGGUUCCUGGAUCCAACGGGACUGCGAGAGACCCCUCUUUGUUGUCGGUUACCUCAGUUCCAGGAUGUGGCCAUCGGACCAUGAGGAUAGUUGGUGGGCUCCCGGCUGUAGAGAAGAAGUGGCCUUGGCAAGUGAGCCUGCAGAUUAGUGAUAAACACUUUUGUGGAGGCUCCCUCAUCAACCAUCUGUGGGUGCUGACAGCGGCCCACUGCAUAUAUGGCCAUUUGGAAUACACGGUGAAGCUGGGAGACAUAAAUGUGCAUCAUGGAUCAAGAACAGCGGUUAUAGUCCCAGUCCGAGACAUCGUUAUCCACAAAGAUUAUAACGGUGUUGGAAGGCUCCAAAACGAUAUUGCCCUCGUUCUGCUUGACUUCCCUGUGAAUUACUCCUCGCACAUUCAGCCUGUGUGCCUCCCUGAAAAGGCUUUCCUGGUGCAAGCUGAUACGGAGUGCUGGGUGACCGGAUGGGGCAAACGAUCUCAAAGUGAUGAUGUUCCUAUUAUUCUUCAGGAAGCUGAGCUAAGCAUUAUUCGCUAUGAGAAAUGUAAUAAGAUGUUCCAGAAAAUGACGGCAAGCUCUCAAGAAUUUGUCAGGGAAGGUGUCGUCUGUGGCUAUAAUCCCCGAGGAAAGGAUUCCUGCCAGGGAGAUUCUGGGGGACCCUUGGUCUGUGAAUUUAACAACACCUGGAUGCAGGUGGGGAUCGUGAGCUGGGGCAUUGGCUGUGGUCAAAAAGGAUUUCCUGGAGUGUAUACGGAAAUUAGUUACUAUAAAGACUGGCUCUUCAGUCAGUUGAAUCAAGCUUCCUGUCUGGGUCCAGCAGCCUUCCUCAUCCUACUCCUGUUUCUGGAGCUGCCCCUGGGUAUCCUGAUGACCCUAUGA